GCGCGGCCUCGUGCUAUUCGUCAGCCGCGCCGAUCAGUCCGAACACUGCCGUUGGAGCGGUCGGUCGCGUUCGGGGAUGCCUGCGACCCUAUAGCUUGGGCCCAGCUGUCCUUCGGGAAGCUGGUUGCUUAGGCUUCCUAGGGUUCCUCAUCCAUUCGGCCGCCGCUGAGGCGAUCCCUCUCAUCGCCGCGGCAGCCACCCACCCGCCGACAUGCCCGAGGAGGAGGACGAUGACGCGAAGAAGGGAAAGGGUGCCAAGAAGGGAGGCUCCAAGGGCAAGAAGGGCGGAAAGAAGGGUGGCUCCAAGGACAAAAAAGGAGGCAAGAAAGGCGGCUCCAAGGACAAGAAAGGAGGAAAGAAAGGCGGCAAGUCUCCCAAGGGCGGCAAGAAAGGCAAGUCGCCCAAGAAAGAUUCCGAGGGAGAUGCCUCCGCGACCGAAGAGGGCGGAGGAUCCGGAGGAGGAUCCGAGGCUGGAUCUUCGCCCAAGGCUUCUCCGGCCGCCGCACCCGCCGCUGCCGCCGCCCCGGCAGCAGCUCCCGCAGCGGCCCCAGCAGCCGGAGCUGCACCGGCUGCGGGAGCUGCUCCGGCUGCCGCUGGGGCUGCCGGUGCGGCUCCUGGUGCGCCAGGCGCCGUGCAGCCGAUGAAGAUGGGCGGCUACUACAGCGAGGCGCAGUCCAUGUACGACGACGGCUACGACGACGACUUCUACGUCGACAUCACCUGCUACCCGCCGCGGAGCGGGGGAGGAGGAGGCGGAGGCCAGCCCCAGCCUGGCGGAUUCGGCGGAUACGACGACCCCUACGGCUACGGCCGCUGGCCCCCGCCGAGGCCCAUGCAGAUGCCCAUGGGCAUGGGCAUGUGGGGAGGCGGCGGCGGCGGAGGCGGCGGCUUGCCCUCCAUGCAGACCCGGGACUUGAGUCAGCAGAUGGGCCCGCAGACCACCACCCUGCCUCCCGGGUCGCCGCCGAUGGCCUUCAAGACUCCGUCGACUACUGUGGUCGUCAACAUGAGCGGCGAGAGGAUCAACCGCAGUGGGUCCCGGCCCAUGUCGCCAGUGCCCGCCGGAGGCGGCAUGAUGAGCAUGCAAGGAAUGCAAGGCAUGGGCGGCAUGGGAGGAGGCAUGGGCGGCAUGGGUAUGGGCGGCAUGGGCGGCAUGGGGGGAAUGGGUAUGGGUGGCAUGGGCGGCAUGGGCACCAUGAGCAUGGCCAACAUGCCGGGCCCUCCCGCGGUACCCGGCAACAAGUCGCCCAUCGUCAUGUCGCAGCCGCUGACCGGGACCGGACUGACGCCCCAGAUGCAGCAACUGCUGCUGCGAGGAAUGCCCGGAUACACGGCCACCGUUGUCCUCAUCCUGGUACCGAACCCUUGAAGAAAGGAACCCGGGUGGCUCGAGUCAUUGCACGAGCAAUAAAUUUUGUCCGC